UCAGCCUUGCGCCGACCGUAACUCACAAGGCUGCGCUACUUCGGUACUUAUAAGUCCCUCGCGCUCGCUCAUGCCGACGAACCCGCAAGUCAACGCGAUUCAUCAUUGAGGCAUCUACUAUGGGCCCAUACCAGUACCGGCCACUCGAUGAGACCAAAGGAGAUCUUCGCCUGCUCAGGUUGCAGCCUGCGUCUUGGGGAGAGGUCAUCGAACUUCACAUACAGCACGUUCCUUUGUGCGAAAGUCUGAAGAUUGGUACGAUGCCAAGCGCUUUAACGCGUGUACUGGCAACUUUGCCCCCCGGUUGGACAGCAUACGAAACUCUGGAGGGCCGUUAUCUAUUCGAGAAUACUGUCGACGACUACUGUUCUUGGACCCACCCAGAUGAUAGCAUCCCGAGAAGCACGUACACUCGCAACCGGAACAACAUCAACCUGAAGUAUGCAUUCGAGGCACUGUCCUACACGUGGGGAAACGACACCGAGACCACGCCGAUACACAUUGUCGACGUUGCCCUUGGAACAAACGGAGAUCUUCUUGUCCGUCCGAACCUUGCAACGGCGCUGCAACACCUCCGCUACACUGACAGGGAAAGAACGCUCUGGAUAGAUGCAAUCUGCAUUGACCAAAGUAAUCUACAAGAGCGGGGUAGCCAGGUGAAGCGCAUGGACCAGAUUUAUCGAUUCGCGAAGCAAGUGAACGUCUGGCUGGGGCCUGAGUCAAAAGAAGAGAACAGCGGGCGAGCUAUGGAAAUGCUUGGCUACAUCGGAGCUCAGGUCGAGUAUUCCAAGGAUCAAAGCUAUCUAGAAGCCCCAUCUGCUAAAGAGAAGGGAUGGUUUAGCCCCGAUGUGGAGAUACCGCUCACAGAUGAGGAAGCUACUGCUAUUCGGACUCUACUCGAGCGACCAUGGUUCUCUAGGCUUUGGAUUACACAAGAGGUUCAGCUAGCGAACGAGUCAGCUCGACUUUAUUGCGGGCAUUAUUCAAUCUCCUGGUAUCACUUUCGCCGAGCGGCGCUCGCUUCGGACGUUAAACAGAACCUCAACGCCCUUUUACCUCUACCACUACUUGCUAAAGUCAGCAACCUAGUCUUCUAUAACAGAAGUACGCCUUCACUCAAGAUGCUCUGGGCGACGCGACGCGCUCAGUGCUUUGACAGUCGCGACAGGAUCUAUGCCGUUCUAGGGCUCUUAGAGCCGCGCUUCUCCUUGCUAGUGAACCCCGAUUACAGCAUCACUCCAGCGGUGACGUAUCAGAGAGCUUGCCAAACUUGGCUUGAGGCAUAUGAUAGGCUAAGCUUCCUUGAGUUCUGCGACAUGCCAAAAGGUGGCUGCAAUGGGCCAUCGUGGGUGCCAGAUUGGUCGAAACAACUACAGCGAGAACCAAUGACCUUCGGCCGUUUCGCCUCGGGCCAGAGCUGUGCUGGAGGUGCGCGAAUCAUCGACGACAAAAUUCUUGAGGUCAUUGGGGUGCACUGCGGAGCGAUCUCAUGGGUAGAGGAGGUAGAACAACGAGAAGGGCCAGGAACGUGGGAAUAUUGGAGGCGCAUUUCGAAAGAGCUAAUACGGUUUGACGAGAAAUUUGACGACUCGAGUGAUGCCGAGCUCGAUGCUUUCGUCGCUACUCUAUGCGGAAAUCGCGUUCGUGAGAUGGACCCAUCCCAUAUCUAUUGGCCAACCGUAUCUCAAUGCAGAAAAACCUUGAAAUCAGCGGAUGGGGGAGGGUUGAGAAGGACGGAAACUGGCUUUGACGCUUUUCAAAGUAGUGUACAAGACUUCACCCAUGGGCGACGCCUCUUCAAGAGCCAGGACUACAUCGGAUUCGGCUCCCAAUCGAUAGCAAAAGGCGAUAUCAUUGCGGUAUUCUUGGGUUUCGACGCACCAGUGGUCCUCCGUCCCAAGGCGAACGGUCACCAUAUAAUUGUCGGAGAAGCUUAUGUACAUGGUUUGAUGAACGGUGAAGCGAUCCUUGGGCCACUUCCAUGUGGCUGGCGAGCACAAGCCGAUCGCAGCCAUCAAGGCGUCAUGGUCCAAAACUUCACGAAAGGCUCGGAUGACGCCGUUGUUGAGGACCCACGCCUAGGACCGUUGUCGGCAGAGUUUGAAUGGCGUGACCAGACUGCUCUUUCCGAAUACGAUCCGCGAUUGUUUCCCAAGGCUCUGAAGUAUCGAGGUGUCGAUAUCCGGACCUUUCACCUCUGUUGAGCAUUCAUGACCUAUACGCGCGACCCAAGAUGUCUAAAUAAUGUUGAGGACAUGAUUGCCAUGGUGACGCAGUCAACGCUGUUGGAGGUAGAGCUUUACAGAAAGCAAGCCUUUCAUACAGAGUCGUAACCAUCCAUUAUGCUGUACUCGUCUUGAGGUUGGUGGUUGUGCGGUAAGUCAGAAGCGACAGCCCCAACGGACACAACAACGCGAUGAUCAUUAAAGCAUUGCCGCUAGAGACAGAGCA